CUCGAAUCACAUCCCCAUCAUAAUAAUCUUCUUGGGUCACGCAUGUCUCUCUGACAAAAGAACAUGGUCAUCAAGCAUGAAAUGACGGACGUUUCCUCCAGCAUACCUUCUUUCGGUAGGCCAGUAUCCUGGUCGGGUGAGAGAGACGAUGGGACCAACGACCUUGAACACGAGGAGGAUAACGACUACAGUCCCGGUAGUGGAGAUCAAGCGGGUUGGAAUGCACCUAGCGGUAGUGGACAGCUACACGAGGGAGCCCGGCGAGGCAAGGAGAAGCGGGGUCUCAUCGCCAGAGUCAAUCUUUUCAUAAUGCCUCCUCAUAAGGAUCGAGCUGAACGUUGUAUAGGUGCUUGUAACAACUGUCGGCGAAUGAAGAUGCGAUGCGUCGGUGCGGAAGAUCCUCCCUGCAAGCGAUGCCGGAAUUCAGGCCUCGAAUGUGUGAUGGAAAAGCCUGGAAGAAAUGCUGGGGAUAGCAGCAGUGAUGAUCGAAUCCGAUCUCUCGAGAACAAAGUAUCUGGCAUACAAGACACGUUGUCAGAACUCGUGGUCGCGAUCCGAGCAAGUCUGUCGGCCCCACAACCCGCGGUACCGAGUGUAAGCAGUGAGAGGUCCCCGGCUCUCAACAAUGGCUAUGAUGCCUCCAGUCGUGGAGGUGUACCCUCUCAGAUUGCCAAUGCAUACAAACCACCCCUCGCUACGACCCUCGGUUCUCUGGCGCCACAUGGGGGUGGCUUCAAUCUGGCGCACCACUCACCUUACCCUUCAUCGGCCAUAGACCGAUCCGUUGGCCCUUUCAGCAGAUCCGGAUCUAAUUUUCGAAUGACCCCGAUCAAUCAGCCCUCUUCAAGCUCCAUAAAUACUAUGAAGCAGGAGACACCAUCUUGGGGUGCACCAGCUCGCCCUCAACUCAAUCCAAUUCCUUCGUCGUCCACACAACUCACCAGUCAAUCCACGCUGGACACAGAACACCACCGAGGGCAGAGAUUCUCUCCCGUAUUGACACCACGAGACGAGAAUGAUAGACCUUAUUCCACCCUGCCGCCCUCUAGGGCUGGGUCACUCGGACCAGAUGACCUGCUUGACGCUGAGACAAUCACCAAUCCCCUGGGAGCCAUGUCUAAUAUGGCUGGUCUGGUGGAGGCUGCCGUUGAGAGAGCCCGAGAGGAACAGGCAAAGUCCAUGGGAAACCAGCACAACGGCAAUGGCAAGCGGCCUUUCGCCGAUUCACUGGACGGCACGACCACACACAAGGUACCCAAAAAGUCUCGGCUGCUGGAGCAAAGACCGACCGGUCAUGAAAUCGUCGAGGCGCAGAACCUCCCCCCUACCCCGUCCGGGUUGAAGGGUAAAACGAGAGCUAGAAAGACUCAUGUGCAUGCGUUCCCGGAUGCGGUGGCCGAAGGCUAUGUCAGUGAGGAAGAGGGUCGAGAGAUGAUGAAAGUGUGCGUAGCCAAAGACUUCGUAUCGAAGCAUAGUUCUGACGGCUGUAGCUUCUAUGCUGGGUCUUCCAACUACAUCCCAUGUUAUGAUCCCGUCAUGGAUACCUGGGAAUCGUUACGGCUUCGCUCGCCAUUUUCCAUCACGGCCAUCAUCUAUGUGGGCGCCAGAGUACGAGACGGUGGAGGUGAGGCUAUUACAUUGCCUAUCGCCGCAGCUGAAGUAGCAGAAAAUCGGCAAGUUCUUCCAUGCGGAGCCUUUCUCAUUUGCUCACACGCUGUAGGAGUCAGCACGUUGUUCAACCCUGUCACUCGCAUAGAAGCCGUUCAAGGAAUGAUCCUCCUCUCCACGUUCAGCAAUGAAUCUGGCUGGUUACCGGGCGGCCACGCGGUCCGGAUGGCUAUAGACAUGGGCAUCAACAAGUCGUUUUUGCUCCUAUUGAAAAGUGGUAUGGGGAGAGGUAAAAGCAAGGAAGAGCUCGAACAAGUUGAUCGACCACUGGUGGUUCAGUCGCGAGUCUGGUUUUGCCUUUAUCUCAUGGAGCAUCAGAUGGCGUACGGCACCGGUCGCCCAGCAAUCUUGGCGGAAGACGAAACCAUCCAGCAUGCUCGACCUCCGUUACACGUCGAACUGACUGCCUCUCCUGAUCAACCAUUGACAGAGACUGCAAUGCAGCGGCUCAAAGAGGCCAACGCACAAUUCGAUGCUUGGGAACGUGAAUGGGAUAUCGUCUUCUCCAAACGCUUCAGCAAGACCCGAGGGGACUUUUUCCGAGAAUCGCUCAUCAUCCAAAGGCAAUAUGCCGAACUAUUUGUGAAUUCUCAGCUUUUGCGAGGAAUCCGCGAUCCUCAUGAUGUUGUCAAUAUGCCGGAAGAAAAGCGGCUUUUGGCCAUCAGAGCGAUGAGAAAUGCGCAAACCUGCCUGGAUAUAUGCCUUCAUGGACAGAAUUACCGAAAUGGACUUCGAUACGCCGUUCAUUACGUCCAUGUAUGCGCUGCCUUUGCAGCCUCUUUCCUUAUUCGUAUCGCUCGUCUCUUCCCUCACGAAUUGGACCUCAAGAAGACUGCCAAGGACGUGGAGGAGCUGGCAACGGUGUUGGCAGAAAUUCCUGCAGGUCGUUACGCUCGUUCUCUACGCUUGAUACUUCGGCGCGCUCGUCGCAACAACGUCAUACCUGCUCCCUCGGCGGCUACUUCGCCUCUCAAAUCGAUGGCCGCAUUGCCCGCUCCUGCCAUGGCACAACCUGAGCAGCACGGGUUGCCGUUCUCUUUAUCUCCACUGAUGUCGUCACAGCCCCACAGACCUCAGAUGGGUCCAAGUCAGAUUCAACCUGUUCAGGCGCCGGCAGCUUCUCCUGGCAAUGCCUUCUUUGCGCAGAAUCCCGUACUUAAUGAAUCGCCUCUGUCAGGCCAGGACAUCUUCGAGUUUGACUCCCUGUUUGCUCAGGAAACGCUAGAGAGAGCAGGGUUGACUUUGGACGAUAGCAAUCAAUUGCCUCUCUUUCUUGACGGACAAUCUCUCGGGGCCGAAGCGGGUAUGAUGGAGAUGGUUCCCUAUCUCGGAUUAGAGCAAUACUUUUUGCCCGCCAACGUUGACGACCUUCUGGGUCAGCAGAUCGGAGGGCCGCGUUGGACAGGGGCUGACCAGACGGGGCAACCAUCGGGUCAAGGCAAUGUACCAGGUGACGUGUGGUGGUGAUGUCGUUGGACGAUUGGGGGAUUUAAAAGUGCAUAAUAACAUUCGUCGCAUAAUUCCAGGGUAUCGGGGCAACCGAAUAUGAUACGUAAAUGAUAGGUAGAGGGCUCGUAGUAGUUUGGUGUUGUACAUGACAUUUCAUUGCUUUUCGUUUU